AUGAUCACGUCCGAAGUACCGGAAUUGAGACCGCUCGCAUGUUUCAUGACUGCUGUAAUUCGUUCAGAAGAAAUUCUUCAUCGAUAUUUGUCGAUAAAACGGUUGCGAAGAAUAGUCGCUUAUUGUCUUCGCUUCAAGAAGAAUAAUAAAUUUAAGGGCCAGUUAGCAAUCAAGGAGUUGCGUCACGCGGACGAACGGAUUACGCAACUUACGCAAGCAUCAGUUUUCUCAAAAGAGAUUAGUCAAUUAAAGGCCGGUAAAGAUUUACAAUCCGGUAGUAAAUUAUUGUUGUUGCGACCUUUCUUAGACGAUAAGGGAAUAUUACGAGUCGGAGGGCGCCUGCAGAAUUCGAAUCUGCCAUACGAACAAAAACACCCAAUUCUCUUACCAAAGAAUAAUCAUAUAACGGAUUUAAUUAUUCGCAAGACUCAUCACGAAAAUCACCACGCCGGUAUCAACGCUACACUGUGUAUUGUCCGUCAACAGUAUUGGCCGAUCGACGGAAAAAACUCGGUGCGAAAGAUCAUGCGGCAAUGCAUUAGAUGCUUCCGGGUUGAUCCACCAAUCGUAAGGUAUACUAUGGGUAAUCUACCUGCUGCGCGUGUCUCCGAGAGUCGACCCUUUUACAAUUCCGGCGUAGAUUAUUGCGGUCCAUUCUACAUAAAGGAAAGGAAAUAUCGGAAUCGAACGCGACUAAAAAUUUACGUAGCGGUAUUCGUCUGCUUUGCAACGAAAGCUGUACACCUCGAAGUGGUGGGUGACAUGACGACCGAAACAUUCAUUGCCGCCUUGAAACGAUUCAUCGCGAGAAGAGGAAUAUGUCGUAACAUAUAUUCCGAUAACGGAACGAACUUCGUUGGUGCGAACAACGAAUUGAUGCAGCUUCAACGAGAACUUCAAACGGACGAGAAGGUUCAACGAUGGCUGGUUGAUAAAGAAAUUGAGUGGCAUUUUAUCCCAGCUCUUUCACCGAAUUUCGCUGGGUUAUGGGAAGCGGCGGUACGUUCGUUUAAACACCACAUAAAACGAGUAGUGGGGGAAGAAUUAUUCACAUUAGAAGAGUUCAAUACCCUAGUUAUCGAAAUCGAGGCAAUUCUUAAUUCCCGUCCGCUAACUCCGCUUUCCUCAGACCCCAAUGAUCCUUCUGCAUUGACUCCUGCUCAUUUUUUAAUCGGCAAUUCUUUAACGAGUCUACCCGAGACCGAUUUCAGCGUCAUACCUGCCAACCGUUUAUCGAAAUGGCAGCACAUCCAAAAGGUUAAGCAGGAUUUCUGGACCAGAUGGUACAAGGAGUACCUGAACGAACUCAACGUGCGACAAAAAUGGUCCAGCGGCUCGCACGAGAUCAAGGAGGGAUCUUUAGUGGUCUUAAAAGAUGACCAUCUUCCACCACUUCAAUGGCACCUCGGUCGAAUCGAGACGGUGCAUCCCGGACAAGAUGGUAUCAUCAGGGCGGUCACCGUUCGGACUAUCCACGGCAGCUAUAAGCGGAACGUGAAGCAAUUAGCCCACCUUUCAACAUCUAAUUAA